UGGGGGCAGGCGGCGGGCAGAGCCGAAAGGAGCUGAGCGAGCGGACGCCGACGCCACCUGAUCCCAUCCAAGCGCAGCUAGGCGAUCGACCCAGCACUCUGUGCUCUGGGCCCCAGCGCCCUCAGACCCUUGCGGAUUUCGGAACAAGGGGCCAGAGGGAGCGGGGAGUCACCCCUUACCGGGGUCAGAGGCUGAGCCCGCGCGUGAGGCCAGUCCUGCUAGGGCCUGGAGCCCAUCUCCUCUGCCUCCUGCAAACCUGUCUGCCUCCUUCUCUUGCCAGGCUUCUCAGGAACCCUGGCCCUGCUACCAGAGCCCCAGGAGCCCCCAUGAGUACUGGUAAAGGGAGUCCUGGAUAGCAAGGCCCAGGGUGGUCUGGGGGUGGCGCUUCACCAUGCCACCCAUUCUCCAGCACCUCCAGCAGGCUACCAAGAUGAUGAGCCGCAGGAAGAUACUGCUAUUGGUGCUGGGGUGCAGCACCGUAAGCCUCCUCAUCCACCAGGGGGCACAGCUCAGCUGGUACCCCAAGCUGUUCCCCCUGAGCUGCCCUCCUCUGCGGGAGUCGCCACCACGCCCCAAGCACAUGACAGUGGCCUUCCUGAAGACACAUAAGACAGCGGGCACGACAGUGCAGAAUAUCCUGUUCCGCUUCGCCGAGCGCCACAACCUAACAGUGGCCCUGCCGCACCCGAGCUGCGAGCACCAGUUCUGCUACCCACGCAACUUUUCGGCGCACUUCGUGCACCCGGCCACGCGGCCACCGCACGUGUUGGCCAGCCACCUGCGCUUCGACCGCGCUGAGCUCGAGCGCCUCAUGCCACCCGGCACGAUCUACAUCACCAUCCUGCGCGAGCCGGCUGCCAUGUUUGAGUCGCUCUUCAGCUACUACAACCAGUACUGCCCGGCCUUCCGGCGAGUGCCUAACGCGUCACUCGAGGCCUUCCUUCACGCGCCUGAGGCCUACUACCGGGCAGGUGAGCACUUCGCCAUGUUCGCGCACAACACACUGGCCUACGACCUUGGCGGCGACAACGAGCGCAGCCCACGCGACGACGACGCCUACUUGGCAGGCCUCAUCCGCCAAGUGGAGGAGGUCUUUUCGCUCGUCAUGAUAGCCGAGUACUUCGACGAGUCCCUAGUCCUGCUGCGGCGCCUGCUGGCCUGGGACCUGGACGACGUGCUCUACGCCAAGCUCAACGCGCGCGCCGCCAACUCGCGGCUGGCCGCCAUUCCCGCGGCGUUGGCGCGGGCCGCGCGCGCCUGGAACGCGCUGGAUGCCGGCCUCUAUGACCACUUCAACGCCACCUUCUGGCGCCGCGUGGCGCGCGCCGGCCGCGCUUGCGUGGAGCGCGAGGCGCAGGAACUGCGUGAGGCCCGCCAGCGCCUGUUGCGCCGCUGUUUCGGCGAUAAACCGGUGCUGCGGCCCGCCGCGCAGAUCCGCACCAAACAGCUUCAGCCUUGGCAGCCCAGCCGCAAGGUGGACAUCAUGGGCUAUGACCUGCCCGGCGGCGGCAGCGCUGGCCCAGCCCCCGAGGCCUGCAUCAAGCUGGCCAUGCCCGAGGUGCAGUAUUCGAACUACCUGCUGCGCAAGCAGAAGCGCCGCGUCAGCACCCGACCCCGCCCUGAGCCCAUCCUGGACAAACCACCCCCUAGACCCAUCAGGGCACUGCCCCGAGGGCCCCAGGGCCCCUGAGCUCCACUUGCCUGCCAGAUCCUGGCUCUUGUCUUGUCCUCCCAGGAGGAGGCUCCCUCCAGGUCUUGUCCCAUCUGGACCCUUUCUUUCCCAGGGCCUUGAGCCCUCCACCGAAAUUAGAAAUAUGUCUCUCCAUGUGAACCGACCUCUCCAGCUUGGGCUGAAUGCCACCUUCAGGGAUGGUGCUGAUAUGCCCGAUUGAGGCCUGGACCACCCUCUCCUUCCUAGCUAGUUGGUAACUUUAACAAGAGGUUUAAAGGCCUUCCAGGACUGACCACCUGCCUUUUUCUGGGGACUGAGCCCCCCAGCCCACCCCACAGUCUUUUCAAAGUAGUUUGCAAGAGCCAGAGAAAGGCUGAGCCCUGGGAAAAGGCGGUGCUUCCUGACAGAGUUGUGGGGCUCUCACUCUUCCCAGGGCUGUAGAAGCCCAUACAGUCUUGUCUUCCAGAUUCUACUCUCCCCACAGACCUAAGCUGCUCCCAGACUCCCAGAACCAAGAGUUCUUGGGUUGGGCUUUUUGUUUGGUUUUCCAUUUUUUAAUAAAACAUCUUUAAAUUGUG